AAGUCUCAUCGCCAAAUCUCACCCACACACUCUCCUUAAUCGUGCACCACACACUCCAACAACAACAAAAGCCAGAAACUCGUGGAUCCAACCCACGCGCUCUCAAAGCGCGUGAAAAACCCAGAUCCAACGCGCCAUAGAGAAAUGUUGCCCUAAUCGCCUUCGAAAUCCCCAACACCCCCUCCCUCUCUCCCUCCUCUACUUUAUCUAUAUGGUCGCCGAUCUCUCUGCAACUUCGAUCUUCUAAUUCAAUUCGUUUCUGGUUCUCUCGAUUCGGCACUCUGUUCGAUCUUUGGAUUCAGAAUUUUCGAUAUCUCGGUAGGAAAAUGGAACCUAUGGACAUCGUUGGGAAGACGAAAGAGGAUGCUUCUCUUCCGAAAGCAACCAUGACUAAGAUCAUUAAGGAGAUGUUGCCUCCAGAUGUUCGUGUAGCAAGAGAUGCUCAAGAUCUCUUAAUUGAGUGUUGUGUCGAGUUCAUAAACCUUAUUUCAUCGGAGUCCAAUGAAGUCUGUAGCAGAGAAGAGAAGAGAACAAUUGCACCAGAGCAUGUACUCAAGGCUUUAGAGGUUCUUGGUUUUGGAGAAUACAUUGAAGAGGUUUAUGCUGCAUAUGAACAACACAGGCUCGAGACUAUGCAGGACACGCUAAAAAGUGGGAAAUGGAACAAUGUUGCCGAAAUGACAGAGGAAGAAGCAUUGGCCGAGCAGCAGAGGAUGUUUGCCGAGGCACGGGCAAGAAUGAAUGGUGGGGCCACAACUCCAAAACAACCGGACCCUGAACCCACAGUCCCUAAACAAUCGGAACCCGAAGCCACAAUCCCCAAACAACCGGAACUCAAACCAGGUGUGAAUAGCUAACUUUAGGACCCUCUCUUUUUUAGUCUUGAACCAUAGGCAAGCGUCUUACUUCCAUAUGUUCUUCUCCAUCUGUGUUUUUUUGUCUUUUUCUCCUAGUUAUGUACAAAAAUGCCCUUGGCUAGUCUCUACUGAAAUUCUCUAGAUUUGUUUGAGUUUGUUUGUACUUUUAUGAAUUAUAUAUGUCUAUAUAUUAUUGUAAUUAGUGGGUUCAAACUUCUAUUUCAGAAUUAUGACGUUUACUUGUAUUUUA